AUGGAGGGCAGUGGCAGUGGGUGGGCUGUAGAUCUGGCCUCCCCUGGGCCGUGUGUGGCUGGCAUGGAGGGGAACACCAGCGGUCAGGUGUUUGAGGUGGCGCUGCAGAACGGCUCCUCGUCCAAACGCAGCCCUCAGUUUGUGGGGGUUGAGCUGCCGCAAUCCUUCAAGCUACUCAUCAUCCCCUGCUACGCCCUGGUGGUGCUGAUCGGGGUGUUCGGCAACUACCUGCUGCUCUACGUCAUCUGCCACACCCGCAAGAUGCACAAUGUCACCAACUUCUUCAUAGGAAACCUGGCCUUCUCCGACAUGCUGAUGUGUGCCACAUGCAUCCCCUUCACUUUGGCCUAUGCCUUCAACCCCCGUGGCUGGGUGUUUGGGAGGUUCAUGUGCUACCUGGUUUACCUCAUCCAGCCAGUGACUGUCUACGUGUCUGUUUUUACUCUCACUGCUAUUGGUGUUGACAGGUAAGCCUUGGUCGAGGUGGCCUUAACUAUCGUACAAUCUAAGUCUGACUAGUCAAAAGGUUUUGAGUUCGGGUAGAAUGAGCACAUUUCUACUACAUUUCUAUGUAAGCUUCUAUCGUAUUACGUAAUUACAUUUCCGCCACAGGUUUGAUCACCUCAAUAACAGGAAAUCCAAUAAUCUACAGCAACAGUACAAGCAUGUGAUAUCAGGACGACACAGUGCAACAGUGCAAUUACUGUCAGAUCAAAAAGCAAAAACAUACCAAAUCCCACUUUUUCCAUGCUUGUAAAUGAGAUGUUAUGUAUGUUUUCUCCCCUGUUCCUAGGUAUUAUGCCACAGUGCACCCUCUGAAGAAGCGGAUCUCAGUACUGGCGUGUACCUACCUCCUAUCUGGGAUCUGGCUGCUCUCCUGUGGGCUUGUGGCCCCGGCUGUAGCCCACACUUAUCAUGUGGAGUUCAAGAAUGAGGGCUUCACCAUCUGUGAGGAGUUCUGGAUGGGCAAAGAGAAAGAGAGGUUGGCCUACGCCUACAGCACACUCUUCAUGACCUACGUCCUUCCUCUGUCUGCCCUCUGCAUCUCUUACCUCUGCAUCUCUGUCAAGCUGCGUAACUGUGUGGUGCCUGGCCACCGCACCAAGAGCCAGGCCGAGGCCCAGCAAACCCGCAAGCGCAAGACCUUCCGUCUGGUCACCCUGGUAGUGGCGGCCUUCGGCGUGUGUUGGAUGCCCAUCAGUGUGUUCAACGUGCUGCGGGACAUUGACAUUGACCUGAUUGACAAGCGCUGCUUCCUGCUCAUCCAACUGCUGUGCCACCUGUGUGCCAUGAGCUCCUCCUGCUGUAACCCUUUCCUGUACGCCUGGCUGCAUGACCGCUUUCGCGCCGAACUGCGCAAGAUGUUCACCUGCCACCGCCGCAUCGGCAUCCCUGCCAACAACUGUGCCACAAACAGCGUGGUGCUGUGA